AUGUUCACAGCCCUGUACAGUGUUAUCAAGAAAAUUAGGACAAAGACAGUAUACACAGUUUGUUCUUAGAAAUCAUACAUUGCAAGCUCAACCUACAGAUUAGUUAGUUAUCUGCUGGCAGAUAGACCUUUGUAUGAAAUUGUCCACCCGAACCUCAUCCUCAUUUCUUUGCGUUUGCUCAAUAGAGCGUAAUGCGGGAAAGGUCUAUUAGUGACUAAUCUGUAGGUUGUGUGCACGGAGGGAGGUGGGGGAGGGAAGUUCAGCACGCAUUGUUGUUGGUUAAGAAUUUACACAGUAAUGCAGGUAGUGUCGCUUCGAUUUUGCGAGGACAAAUACGAUAUGUGAGAAAAACAAAAAGGCAUGAGAUACAUUUUUUUCAGUUAUUGAAUAUUAUUCUCUUUGCUGGUUCGCUUUUCACCUCUGAACUACCACACAAGGUGACUGCUUUGCAAGUUGCGAAAGUGUUUUUCAGUCCGUUUAGUGUACGAUCCCCACGAAAAUUUAGGGUUUGAAUUUUAAAUUCAACAUUAGCUUUUAAACCCAACUCUUCUAUUUUUGACCUUGCUCGCUGUGUAUUUUCAACUCGCUUCAUCAAAUUACAGUUACAUAGUAGAACUAUACAAUUUUCAACUCAACGCUGUGAAUAAAACUAUACAUACACUGGACAAAUUUUGCUACAUUGCUACUUUUUAUAAGCUUGAAUGCCUGAGCCAAUACUUGGUGCAUUUUUCUACUUACCGAGUCACAUUUCAAACCCGACCAUGUAUAUUUUCAACAAAACUUAUGAAUUUUUGUUUACACUACAGUGAUCAUUGAUCAAGACCAGGGAGCCUCCCCCCCCAUACAAGCCUUUGUCGGAGUGGGUGGUUCUUUAGUCCAUUGUGCUUUAAGCGCAAGUGUUUGCCUGGGCCUUCUCACAUGUGUAGUGUUCAUUUCAAGUGAUCUGUAAGGAAAUUUUUGAUUGUUUGAUUUGAUCAGAAUCUCUGAUUGCCUGAUCACAAAAUUAAUACAGUGGCCAUAAAAAACAGUCCAAAGACAGUUAAGCUCAUUCAAAAGGUAUUACUAUUAAGGGAAAAAAUACACACUCCAGUCAAAAGACUCAUAUUAUCUUUAGAAAAACAAUAAGCUAAAGUCUACUAAGUCCCAAUGCAAUUAUCUAUAGUUGAUGCACCUCAUUCUUAUAAUUUUGGAUCUGUAAAUCACUAUCUGUGAUAAUUUAAUAUCCUGCAAAGAAAACUACUAAAUGAGUUAGGCCCAGAAUGAUACAACAUUGCAGAAAAACAUUACAUUACAGGACUAGAGAAAAUCGCUUAAAAUAUUCAAAUCCAGAAGGCCCUUUAGAGAAAAUUAGAACCCUUAUUCAGCCGUAAUAAAAAGCUUUAUGCUUUAAAAGAGGUCAAAGAAAAUGCUCUUGCGUCAGAGGACAAAUCCUGCCGACCAGAAACAAAAACCACAGUAAAUCAAUAUGUGUUCCAUGACCUCUCAGUGUGAAACAAGUGCCAAAAAUCACAUUUGUUCAGUGAAAUUGUAGAACCUUCCAGAGCAUAAUCUACCCAGCAGGGGAAAAAAACUUAUUGGAAUGAGCAAUAUUUUGGUAGGAGGAAAAAGUCGUUUUAAUAGGCCUACCAACCAACCCCUUUUAUUGCUGUGCACUCGAUAAACAUGCUAUGGCGGAUCCCAUGCCAGCCACGAUAGAAUCAGGUAAAUCCCACUAUUUACAGUGGUGCGAUUUGAAUACCCCACUCGAUGCAUGAAUCUGCUGUAAUCACCCAGCAUGCAAAGAAAGUAGUGUCCGAUAGCCCGGGGCUAGUGGAUUUUGCUCUCAGACUAGUGAGUAGGGAUCGGUAGGGAACCCGAUCAUGGGAAACGGACCCGAUUAAUUUUCCGAUUGAUCGGAAUCGUUACCGAUCUGUAGGCACCAGUUGCCGUUUCCGAUUACGAUAAAAACUUUGCCGAUUCAAUCGGAGCCGGUUGACAUUCCGAUGUUCAUAUGUGUCAUCGUCAUAUUAUUUUAUCUGAUAUGUAAAAUGAAGCGUGUCACGAAACCAAAUAAUGACAGAGUCGUUUCACUUCAAAGCAAUUUCAAUCGACUGUACCUUUUUCCUACUCCAUAACAAAUAGCAAUAUUGUAUGUUUCUGCAUGUUGUUUUUCGAGUUUGUUGAUUUGAUGCGUGCCUAUACACGUGAUUUUCUGCGUUUUGCAGAGGUAUUUCCUUCAGUCGAUCGCAAACACCACGCUGCUCCAUAACAUUUAUUCUAUGAAAAUUAAAAGGAGUUAAAUAUUACGACGCAAAACACCACUGUUCUUCGUUGAUAUAUAGCAAACAAAACACCAUACUGAGUAGUGUGUUCUUUACUCGAUACUAAUUUCUAACAAUGCAAUCCAAAAACACAACCGGAACUCACUUUCUCGAAACACAGCUGGAUUCAUAGACUUGUUACAAGUAGACCUCAACGGGUUUCCUAGCGAGCGGAGCGAGAGCAAAACCAUGGAUAAUGUAAAACCACGGGAUAAACUUUUACGAAAAUUUGCUUCUUUCAUUCAACGAUCCUAAACGCAAGGUGUAAUGCGAUCUGAGGCAAAAAUACCGACCAAUUAGAUUGGGGCCUCAGAUUGUCUCAGGGAAUUGGCAACAGGAACUGAAAGAUUCCCACACUCGCGAGUCACGGAAGACACGAAACGAAGUUUCAUACAGGAGCUACCAAAGAGAGAAUGGCUUAGCGACUUUGCUGUAUGUUCUGUGAGCUUGAGCAUGGUGCCACGUAAAAUUGCUUUCCACUCUCAGCACUUAGAAAAAAUUGCCCUUGACUCUAGGUGGCUGACUGUUUGACAAAAAUCAGAACCUAUUUUACCGGAGUGUUCAACUAAAGUAAACUGGCAUACAUCCGGUAAGUUCGACUCAAUUUAAUAGCGGAAAGACAAUCGAGAAAGAGAAAACCAGUUGAACGCCUCCAUCAGUCACUUUUUUGAGUUCAUAUGCAACCAAUAAACAACUUGCAGCUUGAUUCUCAGACGAUGUCCUCUUCUCUCCUGUGGCAAUUUAGCAGUUAAAGUACACAACAUGAUAACAACAUUUGCAUUUUGGUCGUGGAUGUUCUGACUUCUAUUUUUUUCGUUUACCGUCCUAAACUGUUUAUUCCUCCAAAGAUUCCUAUAAUCAUGCGUUUUGGGUUCCGGUUAGCAAAGGCUCAAGCUAUUUUAAAAUUAUCAUUUUUUAAAAUUAUCACAUCGUACACUUGCAAUGUACAUUGCGCCGUCUUUCACUCAAGAGAUGCCUGUUGUUUCUUCUCGUGCCCAUUUUGAUACACAAAUUUAAUAUUUUCUGUUCAUACUCUGUCAUAGGAAAUACAAACAAAUGUUCGAAACCGUGACGUUAAAUUUCGGUUCAAACAAGACACAUUUAUAAGAAAGAUAAGGUUAUAAAAAACAACAUUCACACUUUUGCUUUUGCUUUUGUGACGGGUUAUUUGAGCUGCCAGAUAUUUUUGAUGACCUUUGUUAAUUGGCCCGAUAAAGACUUGAGACCCGUUGCCGAUUCCCUUUCAUUCGGUGCCGAUAAAAUCGGGUCCGACCUUCAACGGAAUCGGAAAAAAUCGGUGCCCAAUUGAUCGGCAUCGGUAUGACCCGAUGCCGAUAUUUGGACGCGUUCCCUUAUUAACUUGCCCAAUGGGCAAGGGAAGUUUUUUGAGGAAUUCAAAUUACAGAAGUACUGUCAAAUCAAUCUGCUCAUCAAAACAUUUUUGGGGCUAGUUGAAAUGAUGUUUGGGCUAGUAAAUGUUAGCUUCAGCUGUAAAAAUGACUUUCUUUGCACCCUGUCACCAUACUGAUAGGAAUCUAAGCAAGUGCAAACUCUGCCGCCAUGUUUGUGCAAUAUGCAUGAAGCACGAUGGACUAAAGAGCCACCCACCCGACAAAGGCUUCUAUUGUCUUGACCCAGGGAGGCUCCCUGGUCUUGAUCAAUAAUCACUGAAGUGUGAACGAAAAUUCACAAGUCGUGUUGAAAAUACACAUGGUUGAGUUUGAAAUAUGACUCGGUAAGUGGCAAAAUACCCUGAGUAGUUGUUUAGGCAUUCAAGCUUAUAAAAAGUAGCAAUAUUGGAAAAUUUGUCUGGUGUAUAGUUUUAUUCAUUGCGCCGAGUUGAAAAUUGCAUGGUUCUACUAUGUAAUUUGAUGAAGCGAGUUGAAAAUACACAGUGAGCAAGGUAAAAUAGAAGAGUUGAGUUUAAAAGCUAAGGGGCACGAGCAUACAAGCGUUUUCUUCUAAAGGAAGAGUGUAAAAUUUUGAAUUCAGCUAUAAAAUUCAAGUACCGAGGUUAGAGUUUUAAAUGAUGCAUUUAAAAUUGAAACCAUGAAUUUUGGCAGGGAUCAUACGCCAUAAGCCUGACUUUGCCUCUACCCCCUGGUGUGCACCAAGUAUGAUUUCUAAGAGGAAUGUCAAACUGUGUUCCAUGCAAUUCUGUGUUUGUCCUUGUUUUUUUGAAAACAAUGCAUAAUGAAACAACUAUUAGACUUGGUUUUUGUGAUAUUUGGAAUAAUCAAGGUCUCAGUAUGUGUUAUCAGCCUCAGCCUUCGGCUCAGCUGAUGUCAUUUAGUCAAUCCUCUUCCUUGAUUAUUUCUGGAUAUCACAAAACCUCAUCCCACACCAUUUAUUGUUUAAUAUUAAAAAAGUGAACUAAGACUGUAGUGGCACAGCCCCUGUACAUUAAUUUGUAAAUACUCAGUAUCUUACAUUUCAAUGGGUAAUUAAGGCAGCAGUGACAGUUAAAAGUAAUUAAGUGAACUUCAUUGAUUCCUGAUUUUCCUUUCAGUACUAGGCAAACAUCUUAGGAGCACUAUGCAAUAUUAUUGUGCAGGUUAG